UAUUUAUACUUUUUCCGCUCCAACUUUAACUCUAAAAAAUAAACAAGGCCUUAAUUAAUUGGAUACUAGAGAGGGAUUAUCAAAUCAUUUUCCCCCCAAAUUAACCCAACAAAGUGGAAGAGUAUAAAUACGAGAGAAAACGAAACCCCCAUUUUUGAUAGUAGUGUGAAGAAGAAAAAGGAUGGACUACAAUUUGGCAGCACUGAAAGUGUUUAGCUCACACCUCAACAACGCCAAAGAAACGAUAACUCAACAAUCACAGCCGGCUUUCACUCUCUCCGGCAUUCUCUUUCAACGUGUCUGGCUACAGGGCAUUCUGGUUUCAACACCGACUACUGGCUCCUCCGGUCGAUGCUUCCUUGAUGAUGGCACUGGGGUCGUUGAACUCCAACUUCUCGGCGACUUCGUCUCACUUUCUUGGGAGAAAGGAAUGUAUGUUAUGGUUGUUGGAUUGUAUUGUGUCCAGAAAGGCGGUCUCCCCUUAAUUAAGGUACACAAAAUUGUUGACCUUUCGCCAUCUCCUGACCGAGAAUCGAUGUGGUACCUAGAAGUUAUUGAGGUAUUUAAACUCUUCUAUCAACCUCUAUUUGAAGAGUAAUUGAAGAGUGAAAAGGCAGCAGAAAAAGGUAAAUCAUUCAAGAGCUUGUGUGAUUGUGUAUCAAAUGGAGUUCCAGUCUGACAAAAUUUUGUUAAAUUUAAAUAAUCUAUUAUGUUACUAAUUUUUUAGGGGCAGUUAUGUUAUAGUUAUAUCAAUUCUCCUGUUUCUACUAAUUGCUAUACUACAAACCAUUGUCAAUCAGUUAUUCUUUACAA